AUGCAGCUAGCGCAUGGCACGCUUGUCCAUAACGGGCGAUCUCUCGACGGCCAGGAAUACCAGCGAGGUGAUCCGGUGGCCAUCGUCGAUGCCAUUGAUAUUCGAGACCCUGGAUUUCCCAUCUACGAGUCCUCAAUGGGACGAAAGCCGUUCCACAUUCCCACCACAUCUUUCGCAACGAAGUCCAACACUCGCAUCGUUGCUGGAGCACCGAAAGCCCGACCAUACGGAAGCAUCGGCGAGCAGCACAUGGACGGUAUAAUCGCCGACGCCAAUCUGCAGGUCAACUUUGUUUCCAUGCCGCAGAACGAGAGCAGCAACUACGUGCCUGAACAGCGUGACCAGCAAAGGCAGAGUGCCAAUGCUCAAGAACCUCUGUGGGCUACGCGAGGCACCAAUGCAGAUAAUGGCAAUGCUUUGGAUACCUUGCAGAUGCCGCCACAGCACGUUCCGGAAAUGUGGCAACCCCAGUUGCCAAUACCCCAUCGCCUUGCGGAGGAGCAAGGCAGCUCUCACAGCCACAACGGAUCUGUGGGCUAUCGUCCUCAGCAACUGGAAGCUAUUCACAUGCAAAAUGACCAUCGCGCUGGCUACUUGCCGUCUCGGAUUCCUUCUUCAAACGAUUUUCAGUCCAUUGAAGAUGUUCAAAUGCAUCCACGGGGCCCGGAUCAGUCGAACAGACUCCCGAUGCCCGGGCUCUCUUCCCCUACGCCUGAAGAGUUCCACGAUAUUCAGAGCAACCACCCAACAUCCCGACCAUCAUAUCCCCUCCCUUCAAGCUCUUAUAGCCAGGUACAGGAAGGCAGCUUGCCCUCGACUUGGCAAAGUCAACAGUCAAGACACAGCUCGCGUUCUGACGAUUCUCACCCUUCGAUUACACGCGGAACGCCAGUCAUGGCUUGCCGAGAACCAGCUCAACCCGUUCAUACGUUUACGCCGAGUGGAAUCAUCGAUUCUUUCCGACAGAGCACACAAGCUCACAUCAGCUCCUUGGAGGAACAUUGCGAGCAAUUGCAGCAGAUCCAGGCCAGCGAUGACCAACUUCGUCAAGCGAACGAGUCGCUUCAAGCUGCUCGACGGAACAACGAGGAGUCUUUGCAGCUUCUCGGCCUGCUCCAGCCUAUCACCGGUAUCCCUUUGAAAGGCACAGAGAAGAGGCUUCAGUCAAUCGCUGAUCAGAUCGUUGAUGCAAUCAAGAGUCUGCUUCCCAACUGCAGCGAUGGUUCUGAUAAGACGAUCAAACAGCUAGGCCAAAAAGUACAAAACCUCAAGGAGUUCAUCGAGUACGUUGAGGGAGUUCACCCCGAGGUGGUCAAGCGCCCGCAGGACCCCGCGGCAAUAUCUACGGACAAGAGCCAGACGGUCCCAGCCACGACUGCGAACCGAGUCCCAUCGGCUCCCGCGUCCGUUUCUUCUCACAUUGCGGAUGAGUCUGACUCCUGUCACUGGGUAGAUGACCAGGCUACACCUCCGCCGGACCGAUCCGCAGCAAUGGCCUUGAACCGAGACCGUUCCCACAUUUUCCGGGACAUGACCGCUGCCCAUGGCCGUCGUCUUGAGCCGCGAAUCAACACUGCUCCAGAAUGUGCUACCACCAGCUACAGUCAGCCGUUAUCUUGGAAGCAUUCGCCGCUGGCCACCCAUUCUGCGCCUGCCGAGCCUCCACGCGCCGCUGAUCACGGAAUCUUUCAACAGUGUCCUACGACACAGAUCCAGCAGACAAUGUCCAUCACUGAUUUCGGGGCCCCAAUGCGGGAUCGAACCAUGCAGGUCUGCCCGCCUCCCACCUCAGUCGUUCCACCUCUGAACUAUACGACGCAACAAGAAAGCAACUUCUACCGGCGACCACCGCCACAAAACUGCCUGUACCCAACAACCGCAGCCGAAAUGGCCCAGGCUACCUACGCUCCGCGGUCGUCAGUGGAUUACCCGCCGGCCCCGGGCCCGGCGCAGAGCAACUACUACCAGGAAAUGCGGUCUGGUCUCCCGGACCGGCGAACGGUCCGGCAGGAGCGUCCUGCUCCCUACUCUCUCAACUAUAGGGAUCAAAGGCGACGAAGAGAAAGCCAGUGA